AAGUUUGUUAACGACUAAGCGGUGAUGGUUAGUGUGGUAAAAUGUAAAAUAUUACACUUAAUUAUUUGAGUUUUUAAUGUUAUACGCCAUGUGGCGAAAUAGACUAUACCACUGUCGUUUUUACGCGCGUUUUGUGAGAUAACGAUAAAAAUAAAAAGCAAAUAAAAUAUCUCAGUUCGAAAGGUAAUGCGAUUGAAGACAAAGGUCGUGUUUGUUUUGUCUAUUUUGUUGAUUUACAUAAAUAUCAUGUAGGAUUAACAACGUGGCAAUUGCGGGUAAAUCGAUAAUAAAAAAAUGAUAAAUGACUUAUUCAAAUAUAUUUUAUUGCCGGGUCCGAUUAAUGGUAAUAUUACUGUGAUAACACUUUGUAUGAAAAAUUCCAACACCUCCUAAGCAUAACGGCAGCAGUCCGCUUGUAUAUAAGGCUUCGAAGAUCUAAAGUGAUCUGUCAAUCAUGUGGGCGCACGCAGCUUGUGUUUUGUUGCAGGCGUUGGCCGUCACUUCUGCGGCGAUUGACAGAAACUUGGAAUCAGAUGUGAAAUAUUGGAUGGAAAAUGGCAAAAAUCUGCUGGAAAAAAAAGCGAAAUUAAAAUUCCAAACUAACACAGCCAAAAACCUGAUACUGUUCAUGGGCGACGGCAUGUCUCUGACUACAUUGACAGCGGCCAGAAUAUAUAAAGGUCAACUAAAGAACGAGACAGGCGAAAACGGUUAUUUGAGUUUCGAACAUUUUCCGUUUACAGGAAUUUCAAAGACCUAUUGCGUGGAUAAACAAGUGGCAGACUCCGCUUGUUCGGCAACGGCAUACUUGAGCGGAGUUAAAGGUAAUUUUGGCACGGUAGGCGUAUCGUCCAAAGUGAGGAUAAACGACUGUGCGGCUUCGAUUGUGGAAAAGAGACCUGAAUCCAUUAUGCAAUGGGCUCAGUGGGCUGGUAAGAGUACUGGAAUAGUGACCACGGCCAGGGUGACACACGCUUCUCCAUCCGGUAGUUUCGCCCAUACAUCAAACCGAAAUUGGGAAUCGGACGCCGACAUGCUUAGGUACAAGCAUGAGACCGAGGUCGACAUAAGUCAGUGCGAAGACAUAGCCCGUCAGUUGGUUUCCCGAGACCCGGGCAGAAACUUUAAGGUGAUAUUUGGCGGCGGUAGAGAUAAGUUCAGGGCAAUGAAGAUCAAUUCUACUGGCGAACGACUGGACGAAGACUUGGUUGCCAAAUGGAAAAGAGACAAGACCGACCGGUUCGAAGGAAAGACCACGCGGUACAUGACCACCAGGAAAGAGCUACUAAACACGGACGUUUCGAAAGUAGAUUACUUGUUGGGUCUGUUUCACGACAGUCAUUUGGAAUACAGAUUGAAAUCGAACGUCGAGGAACAGCCGACCCUGCAGGAAAUGACCAGUAAAGCUAUCCAAGCGUUGAAGAAGGAUAAAAACGGAUUCGUUCUAUUCGUGGAAGGCGGUCUCAUCGACAUUGCCCACCACAAUACUUAUGCGAAAUUUGCGUUGGACGAAACCGUCGAACUGUCCAAAGCUGUGUCCGAAGCCGUUGCCUUGACCAGUGAUACCGAUACCUUGAUCGUGGUUACCUCGGACCAUGCGCACACCAUGACCAUGGCUGGAUAUCCAGCCAGGGGAUAUAAUGUUUUAGGAGCGACUAGUUUGCUUGCGCAGGACAAAUUGCCAUACUCGACAUUGAGUUACGCGAACGGUCCUAAGACGAGCCAAGGUCGGCAAAGGAUGAAUGUAACAGACAGACUAUUCGAAAAAGAAAACCUGCAAUAUCCGAGUUUUGUACCGCUGGAAUUUGAAACUCACGGCGGUGAAGACGUUAUGGUAUUCGCCAGAGGACCUUGGGCUCACCUUUUUACCGGCAACUAUGAACAGAACACGAUUCCACUGGCCAUGGCAAUGGCAGCAGGAAUAUCAACCGAGUCUCCAUAUAGUAGCGGUGCACCGUCGUUUGGAUUACAAGCUACCGAUUACGAACACAAACUCAUAGCGUUCAUGUUAUUGGCCGCACUAGGAGGAUUCCUACGGAAUAUAUAGAACGUCGAGAUUUACACAGUACAUGUUGUUGCAGUUCUAAUAUCUAGUCUGAUUAUUUUUAUUUUGAGAGAAAGGCUGCAUACAUAAGAAUUAUUUUCACCAUUGCUAGGAAAAU